AUGGUUGUGCCUGAGGUUACCGACGCAAAUGAGCUGCCAGGACGGAGGAAGAGCACACGCGCAGCAGCAGCAGCAGCAGCAGCAGCGGCGGCGGCGGUGAAGAGCAAGAAGAAGGCGGGCAAGAAGCAGCCGCCAAAGACACCCCGAGCAGCAGCAGCAGCAACUGCUACCGCUUCCAGCCCAGCGAAGACCAGCGGGAAGAAGAAGGUCAAGCACAAGAGGCGCACUGCCAACGAUGAUGAUGAUGAUUAUAAUGAGGGGGAGGAAGGUGCAGCUGACUUGAUGGACACGAGUGCUGACAGUGGUGGGAGUGGCGGCGGCGGUCGUUACGACGACGAGCACGGCGAGGGUGUUGAUGCCGGAGCAGGGACUGGACCCCUCACGCGGCGGCGGAGUCGAAGGCGGGCAGCAGCCGCAGGGGUGGCCUCACUGACAGCCCGCCUGGAGAGAGACAUCAGCAUCAACGACGAUGGCGACGACGCUGGUGAUGGUGACGGCGACGGUGAUGGUCUGGGCAGCAGGCCACUGCGUCGCAGCAAGCGAGCAGCAGCACAGCGCGCACGCAAAAGGACAAGCGGACGCUACGGCGGAGGCGAUGGCGACGACAAUGACAACGAUGAUGCCAAUCGAGAGGAUGGAGCUGCUGAGCCAGAGGCAAUGCACGGUGAGAAGCACGCGGCGGCGGCGGCGGCGGCGGUAUCGGAGGCGGAGGACACAAACCGAAGCAGUCUUCCCGCAGAUGAAGAUGAGGAGGGAGUGGAGGGUACAUCGACAGGGCGCACGCCUGUGCCGGGCCUUGCACCCCAGAAGCGAGCGGCGGCACUGAAGAAGCAACGGCACAGGCACAAGCGGAAGCAGCGGCGACACGGCGAGCAGGACCGGGGCAGCCGACGUGUUGGUGGCGAGGGUGAUGUUGGCAGCGGUGAGUAUGAUCAAGAUGAUGAUGGCGGUGGUGGCGGUGGUGGAUCCAUGCACCAUGAGCCCGACCUCCUCGACGACCAAAGCGAUCACCACCAUCACCACGGCGGCGGUCGGGCUGGCGGGGACGAGGAUGGUGCUGCCGCAGCGGUGGCGGAGGCGAAGAGGAAAAAGAGGAGGAAGAAGAAGCGGAAUAAGGCGAGCAAACGGGACAGGGCGCAGCGUAAGCGCCGGCAGCGCGACGGCGACGGCACAGCGGAGGCGGGCGCAGGCGCAGAUGCGCACCGUGGACACGACGAUGAUGGCGAUGACGGUCAUGAUGUUCAUGACGGCGAGAGCGGCGAUGGUGAUCACGAUGAUGAUGAUGAUGGUGACGGUGAGCCGACAGCAAAGAGGUCGACGCAAGACCGGCGGGACAAGCGCUUGGCAAAGGCAAAGCGGCACAAGCACAGGAAGCGACACGGGCACAAGCACACCCCCGCCAGCACGGAUGCCGGUGGCGCUGACAGCUUUGAUGGUGAUGGCGAUGAUGGCGAUGAUGGUGAUGAUGGUGGUGAUGCACUGAUGUCUCCCCUUCCCAAACCAUCGACGCUGGAGGCUGGAGGAAGCAGCAUCCUCCAUAACGCAUCCAACAGACAUCGAGCAGCGGCAAUGCCCGACCAGGUCAACGCAUAUCCGACAGUCAGGAUGCACGAUACGGACGCCGGCGUGCUUUCCUCCACCGUGUCCGAUGCCCAGCCGGACGUGCUUGGUUCGCGGUUCCGGCCCCCGCACGGCCUCCCCGAGCCCCCGCAGCAGUAUGCCGUUCGCCGCGCACGCCUUGCCCCAGGACCCAUCGUAAUCCCCGCUCAGAACGGUCGCCCGGCAGGUCUUGCGCUGCGGAAACCAAACUUGAAGAAUUGCCGCCAGUUUGUGCACGUGUGGAUGGCGUGGCAGAUCCAUUUUGAUCAGUAUGUGCACACGCAGGACCGUUUGAAGGCCAAACGCCAGGCGGAAGCCGCUCAGCUGCUGCAACAACAACAACAACAACAACAACAACAACAACAACAACAACAACAACAACAACAACAACAACAACAACAACAACAACAACAACAACAGCAGCAGCAGCAGCAGCAGCAACAACAACAACAAUACCACCAACAGUACCCACAGCAGCACCUGGCCCAUCCGCCUCCUGCGAUUGUGACCACCACCCACGCGCUGCACUCGCAGUUUCUGCCGCCCCCACCGCAGAUGCGACAGCUGCAACCGCACCACCACUACCCCCACCAACAGCAGCAGCAGCAGCAUCAGCAACAACAACAGCAGCCACAACGUUCGUACUUGCCACAAUCGCAGCACCACGCCAACCACCACCAGCAUCAACAGCAGCCCCAGCAGUUUCCGCCCGCGACCAUGUAUCAGCCCCACCACCCGUACACGUCAACACCUGCACCGCCAACGCAGCCGCAACCACAGUUGAUCCACCAAUCAACCAUGCCGUACCAGCCCCGGCAGCAACCGCACCAGCACCACGCUGCGCUGAGUCGAGGGCCCAUGGCACAGACUGCAGUGGGCACGCCCUCGCAACCAGCACACGCCUACCCGAUGCCACCCCACGCAAGCGUGUACCAGCAGCAGCAGGCGAACACAUCUGCCAUGCCACCACGUGGCCCGGUCACCGCCACCGCCACGGUCACGCCCGCUGCUGCUGCUGCCGCUGCCGCCGCCGCUGCUGCUGCUGCUGCCGUGAACGGCGGCGCGGGCGUCAUGAACGGAUAUGCGACGCCGGUGGCAGCGACGAUGGCGUCAGCGCCCAGGCCGUAUGCAGGCCCGCUGUCGGCAGCACGGGCGACACACGUGCCCUACAACGCGCAUGGCAUGGCACACGGGGCAGGGCACCAUCCGCCCACGCAGCCGCAAGCGCAGCCGCGGCCGCAGCAGCCACACAUGCUCCCACGCGUGCAGCCGCCAUCCACUGUUGCUGGUUAUGCGCCGUCAGCACAACAACACCGGCAGCCGCCACAGCCGAGCAUGCUUGCACCGCCCACGACGCAACCGCCACCGCCCCCUUCGUCUUCAGGAUAAAAACAAAAAACCCCAAAACAAAAUCGAUUUGCUGCUGGCGUCGCCCAAGGCCGCACGCUUCGCUGUCGUCACGGAACCUCUCGCAUUGUAUUUCAGGUCGCACAUACACUUCCCUUCUGUGUCGGUGUGAACCAUCACGUUCGUUGCCUCUCUAUCCACGCUGGUUUGUCGCCAUUGCUUUUCACCCCGCUUUUCAAACUUGAAACGCAGCUAUUCGAGCAUACGUCGAGUGUGUUUGUGUGUGUCUGUGUGUGUCUGUGUG